CGACCGCGAUUCCCACAGUAGUCGCGACGCAUCGAUUGCGAUCAAUGCGCUAAACAAAUCUUUUCUACGAAUAUCUAAAAGCGUUCGUCUUUAAUCUUUGCAGCUCUAUCCUUUUCUUUCGAACGACAAUCCUUCCCUUCUGUGAAUUACAUCACGUGGGAGGCGUGUAAAUCUUUGAUCUUGAGUUGUUAGUUUGAAUUUUAUACGCGCAUACAUGUAUCUUAUGAUUAGAUUCAUUUUAAAUUCGAUUCCGAUCGAAAAUUUCGUAAUCGUUUGAUGGUUCUCUUUUCACUCGAAAUAAAUCGUGUUGAAUGAGAUCUUUCUUUAUACAAAAUAGAUUUGCUAUUUAAUCCACCAUGUAAAUAACAUUUUGGAUACGUAACGGGAAAGGUAACGGGAUGUAAUUGUAUGAGAAAGAACCGAGGUGUACGCUGAAGAUGCAUAAUGUACGGAAAUACUAUCAUGUCCAUUACAUUCCGUAUACUUUGUUUCAACGGAACGGAUACCAAACAAAUGUUUCAAUCGUAAUGCUUUAUAUCUCACCAUAGCGUUUUAUAUGUAUCGACAAAUAAACGAAUCUGAACGAUUAAAACAUAAUUAUAUUGACGUACAUAUAAUGGAACGGCACCGUUUUCCAGCAUUUCUGUCACUGACAAUGAUAUUGAUUCUCGUAGCUCGUGUUCCUUUCAUCGCACCAAAUCAAAUGCGAUUCCUUCGAUCACCUACUCGAUCUGUCCGAAUUCGCCUAAUUUGACCGCAUACUUUUAUCUAACCCUGUUUCGCGAAACCAUUCCUCUGUCCCGAGGUACUUCCUCUUUUGAUCUAAUGCUGCUUGUUCACCAAUGUGUUACUUCGACAGGUGUUCUAUCGAAGAGCGUCUGGAGCACUUUGAACGAUUAUCGAAGCAGUUCCAUGGACGAUCUGUUGCUGAAAGAAAGGAACUACAACGAUGCGUACUACUAUCCGUGUCCCGUGCUCGAUCCGAACAAGAAACAACCGCUGCAACAACAACAGCAACAGCAGCAACAGCAACAGCAUCAACUACAGCCACAACAGCUUUUCACCUGUGCGCUUUGCGGCAGAGAGUAUACCUGGAUGUACAGUUUACGUCGACAUCAGCUGCAAUGUGGCAACAAGGAAGCGAGAAACAAGUGUCAUUUUUGCUCGAGAAAGUUUUACAGGCGCGACAGACUGAAAGAACAUUUGCUGGCUCAUCAUUCAGACUUGAUUUAGAAAAGUUUACCUGUACAGAUGCUCUCUCUCAGUUCGAAGUAACUUUUAAGUUUGUAUUUAAGUUUACUUUUCUUUCCAUUUUCAUUGUACAUCGUCUCCGUAUAUCGCUCGUACAGCGAUGUAUUUGCUGUAUUUUUCGUGAAAUCCAUCGAUUCAAUAAAAUUAUUCAUACUUGAAUUGCUUGUAAAUUAUGCGCGUAUAAAUAUCAGCAAAUAUAGAUGUGUCCAAUUUC